AUGUCCAGAUACUCUGUACCAGUUCCUGAUUAUGAUUUCACCAUCCGACAAAAAAAUCCAUUCAUACCUCAACCGGAUUACACAACAAUCAAAUACAAUAAACCAAAAUUCCGGCCAUCCUUAAAUCAUAUCGGAACCGAAUUUUCGCAACAAACAACAAUUCCAGAAACUAUUGAACAACCUAAAGAAAAUAGAUUUUCGAGACCUCCGAAAUUGACCGAUGUUAAUUCAAAUUUUGAGGUAAGUUCGAUAUUUUUUUGCAUUUCGAAAGACAAAAAGAAAUAAAAUAAGCGGCUUAUUUAUUUUGCUCACGUAUUUAAAAAUCAAUGAUUCGUUGUAUUAUUCAAAAAGUUUUUGUUUCGUGAUUUGAAACAAUAUCAACAAGAUUUUCGAAGAAAUUUUUUAUCAAUGAGAACAAGAAGCUUAUGAGAAUAACUCUUUCGAAUAUCGAACACGUGCAUUUUUAAGACGAUUAAAGACUUUUCACACUGUUUGUGAUGUUUGAGGUCAAUUUUCUAAUAUUGAGUUCAAAAAAAUAUGAAAAUAGGGAUCGGACCACCCACGAAGAUUAAUUGAUAAAAUCUGAACGGAAACAACUUUCAAUAAGAAAAACUUUUUUCAUGUUUUGUAUUGAAAAGGCGCUUCAAAAAUUUUCCCAAUGUGCAAUAAAGUUCUUCCAGAUCAAAGUUCAUUCCUACAAAGAAGAUCAAAAAUCAGAAGAAGAUCCGCAUCCUCGUUCAACCCUUGAACACAUCAAACAAAUUGGAGUUCCAGUGAUACCCGGAAUAAUUCGUCAGCAAAUUCCAGUCUUUGAAGGUAAGCAUUUCAUUUAAUUUCCAAAUGCCCCAUAAAAAUCCUAAUCAUAAUCAUAAUUAUAUCUAUGUAAAUGUUAUCACCGAAAAAAAAACCGAAUUGCGAAUAGAAUAUUUUUGGGUGUGGAAUGAGAGAAAAACGAUGAGUGCAAUAAAAAAUUGCUUGGGUAUUGUAUUGUAAUCAGGGAAAUGGGAAUUGAUAGACGUUUUUCAUCGCCAGACUGGCGUCGAAAAUUCCAAUUGAGGCGGCACUUUUUAAUAGGUUUUUUUCGGUUUCUGUGAAAGGAAUGUGACCUGUGUUUUGAACAAAAUACGUCAAAUGACAUUUGUUUUUAGUGCAUAGGAAGUAUGAAUAAACAAAAAAACUGAAACUGUCAAAUAUUUAUCAAUAAAAUGAAGGUCAUAAACAUUAUUCUUUGCUCAAAAACUUCCAUAUAUCAAUUAAAUUAGUAUCAUCAGCCUGUCAGAAGAUGCUUGCUUGUAAACAAUUAUAAUCCCUUAAAUAAAUUGUUCUUAUCAUCAUGCAAAAAAAAAUGAUCUGGUCACACACAAUUUGAAAUAAUGCAUGUGUACGCACACGACAACAACCAAAAAAACAAGAAUUUUUACAGCCUCUGCUCCUGUUGUAUCAUCUGAACAAAAUAAAGCAUUCUUGAGACAUUUGGAAAAUCACAAAAAGUUUGACACUGUUCGCGGUGAUCGACCAUGUGAAUUAUGUGAGAUUAUGAGAAAACAACAAGAAGCUGAAUAUCAACAUCAUAGUCGGUACGUUUUUUGUUUAUUUUUUUGACUAAUCGAAUCGUAAGAAUGAGAGGCGACCGGAAGAAAUAAUGAGCAUGAAUGAAACAAUAAUCUUUUUGGAAAACAUGAAAGAUGGGGGCGAAUUGUGUUUUGUUUCAGGCAAAACUCGUGGAGUGAACAUCGAGGAAAAGUUGUCGAAUAUCAACAACCACAAUAUAAUUCCGAUACCCCACCAAGAAGAAAAAGAACUGAUGUGUAAGUUUUAUAUUUUUUGGAGAGACCUAUUUUGCGAGUCUAUAAGUUAUCAAAACUUGACAGUAAACAAGUGUUUUCUUGAUAUUGUCAAUUAUAUUUUGCUCAGAAUCAUUUUUCUACAACAUGUUUUUGAAGCUAACGACGCCUCUUCAUGAUUAGCAUGAUUCUCAUCAUUGCAAAAAACACAAAAUGUGUUAGGGAAGAUGUUAAAGUGCGAAGGGUUGUUGAUUUAUGUCACCGACAAAUAUUGGGUUUUGAGAAGUGGCAUGUUUUGUGUAUAGUGGAAAUUUUAGUUGGAAUUCUAUCUAGAAUUUUCUUCAAUCAAACUGUGUAUCAAAAUAUUUCUCAAAGUUUUUGAAAUCCAAAGUUAAAAGAAUUUGCACCGAAGGCUAUAAGAGUCAAAAAAUUAUAUUUCCUGAAAAUUUAUAAAAAUCCUCAAAAAUUCAGCCUGAGGUUUUCUUCAAUUCUUUAUUUUAUUCAUAUAAAUUUCAUUUUGCUCAGAAUCAUUUUUCUACAACAUGUUUUUGAAGCUAACGACGCCUCUUCAUGAUUAGCAUGAUUCUCAUCAUAGCAAAAAACACAAAAUGUGUUAGGGAAGAUGUGAAAGUGCGAAAGGUUGUUAACUUGUGUCACCGACAAAUUUUGUGUUUUGAAAAGUGGCAUGUUUUGUGUGUAGUGUAAUGGAGAUGUUAGUUGGGAUUGCAGCUAAAAGAUUUUUUGUUUUGAAAAUUCAUCAAACAAUUUCGCAAAGUUUUUAGAAUUUAAUUUCAGAUGUUCAAAUCUGAUGAAAUUUGAGCUCUAGAAAAAAAAAUUGAUUUUUAUUUUUAUUUAAACACUUUUUCAGAUUUAGAAUUUUUGUUCCCUAACUGUAUUGAAAAUAUGAAUAAGUUCUACAUAUGAGUCAUAACAGUUUCACAUAUUUUCUUCCAAAUGUUUUUCGUUCUUCAUUAUCUUACUUAGAAUACUUUGAUCUUCAAACUAUAUUUCUUAUCAAACAGUAGCUCAUUUUUCCUCCUUUUAACCAACCGCAAUCACACCUCACCUCAAAGAAAAAAAUAAAUACCAUUUUGACAGUUUUCCUCUUUAUUAUCACCCCACCCAACAAUAAAUUCUCAAAAACUGCGAAAAAUGUGAUAAAAACUUCUCGACACCCUCUUAUCUUCACCGAAACAAAAAAAUGUGCAUUUUUCAGUCGAUCACUUUUUCCACAACAUCAAAUCAAUGAGGAACCUGAACCGGAGCCAUUUUUUAGUAGUGAAAUGACUGCUCGAGCAAGACACAAUUAUGAGAUGAAACGGGAAGGAGAAAUUAGUAUUCGUGCAUUGGAUACUGUUGAAGUAAGAACAUCUACAUUUUCAAUAAGAACAUCCAUAGAAUUUCUUUUUUUCAGAUUCUUCAUAUGGAACAAGGAUACGCAUUAUGUAGAAGAUCAGACAAUAUUGUUGGAUGGAUACCUUCAACAGUUUUUGAUAUUCCAGCAUCCCAUUAA